AUGAACGACCAGGAGCUUCGGCAGACUCGGGCCGAAGUUGAGAUGCAUCGCGAUGAGCACCAAGCCGUCACAGAGCUUGCCACGCAGCGCGAGGAGGAGCUGCGGCGGGCAGAAGGCGAAUGCCUGCGCCUCGUUGACGAUGCCCGGGCCAGCGAAGAGCUCGCCACGCAGCGCGGGGAGGUCACCACGGAGCUCGCCACCCGGAGCAAGGAGGAUCUUCAACGUCAGGCUGCUGAGGCUGUGGCCUUGCGUACCGAGGAGCUGCAGCGGGUGCUGCAGCGCGUGAAGGGAUCGCAGCAGGAGGAGCUCCAGCGCCUCCGAAGCCAAGUCGAGCAUCUUGGCAGAGAGGCGGCGCUGGAGCGGGCGCAGCGGCAGAGCCGGGAGGAGGAGAUUCGGCGCUUCGACAUCCAAGAAGAUUGCCUCCGAAACGAGCUCCGGACCGUCGCGGAGCUCGCUGCGCAGCGAGAAGAGGAGCUGAUGCGGGUGCGGCGCGACUGGGAGCGCCUCCGAAACGAGCUCCAGGCGCAAGGGCUGCACACUGCGGCAGACGGGGGCCGGUCACACCUGGACGAGGUUGACGACCACACGCGAUUUAUUGAAGUUCCACGGGCAGAUGCCGACCUUGAGCGCCUUCGUGACGAGCUCCAAGCCAUCACGGAGCUUGCCACACAGCGCGAGGAGGAGCUGAAGCGGGCAGAGGAUGAGGUGGAGAUCCUUGGAGAUGAGCUCCGCGCCAUCACCAAACUCGCCACACAGCGGGAAGAGGAGCUUCUGCGAGCCCACAAGGAGGUCCUCCGGCUGGAGGAGGAGCUGCUGCAGGCGAAGGCCGAGGCUGAUCGCCUUCGCGAUGAGCUCCAGGCCAUCACUGAGCUGGCCAUGCAGCGCGACGAGGAGGUCGCCGACAUCCAGGAAGAGGUUGAGCAGCUGCGUCGAGAUUCGCAAGCUCUUCGCAGCCUGAUGCCGGCAGACACGGAGGAGGAGGCGCGGCGUCUGAAAGAGCAAAUGACGGCGGCCCUGGCAGAGGCUGGGCUCUGA